AUGGGGGAUAAGCAGGAGGAGGAUCGGAGCGAGAGUAGUGACUACACAUCCGAAGACGAAGGGACCGAGGACUAUAGGCGUGGAGGCUACCACGCUGUUCGAAUCGGCGACACCUUCAAGAACGGUCGGUACAUCGUUCAAACCAAGCUCGGAUGGGGCCAUUUCUCAACUGUCUGGCUUGCUUGGGACACCUUAAACUCCCGGUAUGUGGCUCUGAAAGUUCAAAAGAGUGCUCAGCAUUACACUGAAGCAGCUAUGGAUGAGAUAACUAUAUUGCAACAGAUUGCGGAAGGAGACCCAGAUGAUAAGAAAUGUGUUGUGAAGCUUUUGGAUCAUUUUAAGCAUUCUGGUCCAAAUGGGCAGCAUGUUUGCAUGGUUUUUGAGUAUUUAGGGGAUAACCUUUUAACUCUUAUCAAGUAUACUGAUUAUCAUGGCUUGCCCCUUCACAUGGUUAAGGAGAUCUGUUUCCAUGUUUUAGAGGGUUUGGAUUACUUGCAUGGACAGCUCUCAAUUAUACACACGGAUUUGAAGCCAGAGAAUAUUUUGCUGUUAUCCAUGAUAGACCCAUCAAAGGAUCCGAGAAAGUCAGGUGCAACACUAAUUCUUCCAUCAAAUAAAGACAAGAAUGUGUUUGAGUCGGGGGUUGGGAAAGACAUUAAGACGUCAAAUGGGGAUUUGACUAAGAACCAGAAGAAAAAGAUUAGAAGAAAGGCUAAGCAAGCAGCUAAAGGUUGUGUGGAGAAGGAUGCAGCUGUUGAAGCUGAGCCAGAUCCUGAAACAUCAGGUGCAUUAGAAUCAUCUCCUAAUGUAAAAUUAGAUUUGGCUUCUGUGGAAGACCAACCCAAUAGUUCUGGCAAUGGGGACAGAUUAUUGGAUGCUGAUGGAAAAAAAGGACCUGGACAAGGAAAUCAAGGUCAUAGGAGAGGGAGUCAUUCCAUGAGGCAGAAGCUGUUGGCUUCUGUUGACCUGAAGUGCAAAUUGGUUGACUUUGGUAAUGCCUGUUGGACAUACAAACAGUUCACAAAUGAUAUCCAGACAAGGCAGUAUAGGUGCCCAGAGGUUAUCCUUGGAUCUAAAUAUUCUACUUCUGCAGAUCUUUGGUCCUUUGCUUGCAUUUGUUUUGAGCUUGCAACUGGUGAUGUUCUCUUCGAUCCUCACAGUGGUGACAACUUUGAUAGAGAUGAGGACCAUUUAGCACUGAUGAUGGAGCUCCUUGGAAUGAUGCCCCGCAAGAUUGCCUUAGGUGGUCAAUAUUCCCGGGAGUUCUUCAACAGAUAUGGUGAUUUGAGGCACAUCCGCCGGUUGCGUUUCUGGCCCAUGAAUAAGGUUCUUGUAGAGAAGUAUGAGUUCAGUGAGAAGGAUGCAAAUGAUAUGGCCGACUUCCUGGUUCCCAUACUUGAUUUUGUUCCUGAGAAGCGGCCAACUGCAGCACAGUGCCUUCUUCAUCCAUGGAUCAGUGCGGGCCCUCUUCUUUUAGAGCCUUCCAUGCCUUCUGUAAAAAUUCAAGCAGGGGAGAGUGUCAUUUGUGAGAAAAAGAAGAGGGAGAAGGAUGAGAGGGAGGCAAUGGAGAUUGGAAUGGGGAACAUUGCCAUCAGCGCAGAUUCUAAACCAGUUGAAGAUCCUCAAUCAAGUAGUAAACCCUCUUCUAAGGCAUCAACUAGUGCGCCUAGGUAGCCUUCUGGCCAUUUGUUUCUUUAUAUGCAACCUGCCCCCUGGCUUUCUCCCAUUUGAUGUUCCAUAUUGCUUGGUGGAUGGGGAGUUGGAAUGGAUAUCUUUAUUUACUAACGUGGGUGAAAGCUUGAGCGAAAUAGCAGCUUAAACCAGUUGGACAGUUGGAUUGUGGGAGAGGGAGAAUACCGUGACAACCUUUACUAGAGCACACAAAAGGUCGGAUGUGACUUGGGUAUAACUAGGCCUUGUUGGGGAACUUUAUUAUUUUAAAGCUAUCCGACUACUCAUCCCAUUCCUGAAACUCAAACUAUAAUAUACAUAUGAUUUAAUGUUCUA